AUGGGACCGAGUGAGGGCACGACGAGCGAGGUUCAGUUCAUGUCGGGUAAUCCCCAAUUGGCUCGUCUGUGGUUUCUUCUCUCUUUUUGUAGAUACAACUGAUGUGCGACGUCAUUAUCCGUUUAGAAUCGAGGGUUCAUUUCUGUGUUUUAUUCUAUGAAUAUCUGAUUUUUCGUCAACUUUUCUUCGACUUGCGAGCAUUUUUCCAGCCAAGAUUUUCAGCGAGAGAUUCGCUCAAAUGUUGUUCUAUAAAAAAACUCAAAAAAAUCUGAAUUCGAAUCUAAAUUUUUUUGUUUUCCUGAAAAAAAGAGUUUCUUUCAGGUUUUUUUGAAUGCUCGGAGGCAUACAGGAAAAACAUUCAAAAAAAUCAAUUUAUAAAUUAUAUUAGCUAUAAAAUGUUUUGCACACGCAGUGGAUGGGGAGUUCAUUUUCUUUUAAACUAUUGUCAUCAAAAUCGCUCUGAACGCGUUAAUCAAACUCAUGCUGAAAAGUUAUUCCAUUCCUUUGCUUUUUGAAAAAAGUUGUCUUUUUGAGUCAAAAUGUCUCCAAAAAGUAAAAUUUGUCCGAGGAAUGUCUGACAGUCUGACUCUAGCGGCAAGCUGAAUUAAUUGCCAUGUGAUCUACGAUCGCCCUGAAAGAAACAUGUCCUUUUGUCAAUCGAUCGCUCAAAACGUGUAUCAGUCUAGCUUUGCUUCUUUCAAUUAGGAUCUUACGAAUGAUAAUUGACAUUUUUUCUCUCUUCAAAAACAAAAAGAAUUUUUUUUUGUUUUUUCUCAAAUUUUCACUUCAUUAUUAUUUUUUUAAAUAAGGUUUUUUUAUUCAGUAGCUCACUUUUAAUUAUUUCAAAAUUGAAGUUGAUCAAAAAGGCAAAAAUGUUAGACGACAAUCUUCACUUCAUUAAAGUGUUUUUCUCGAUGAUCGGCAAUUUUUCAAAUUUUUCAAGUAGAUAUUUUUCAAAUUUUUCAAAUUUUUCAAGUAGAUAUCUAUUGCAUGGGCUUUGUUCACAAUCCAGACAUCUCGGGCUCAGAUUUCAUUUGAGUUAAAAGAACCUAUUCACAAGAAAUCGGUUUUUUCACGGAAAGAUUGUUUUGAUAUGAUGCUCGAUAAACUUCUAGGUCAAAUAAUAUCACAAAAACUUCAUUUCUCAAUCAUCAGACUUCAUUAUUGACGUUCAAACAGGAAGUUCCUGAAAUCUCAAUCAAAUGGCUCAAGUUGAUCUUGGGCGAGCGUGAGUGUGAGCUGUGAGCUGUGAGUGUAGCGCGUUCCUUCGUUUUCUCGCGUCAUUUUUUCUCUCAGACCUUGGUUCCAAGACAUUUCGGCCACUGUUUGUAUGUGCUUUUGCGUGGCCGUGGCAAACACCAAAGUGUUUUGCAAAUCUUAAUUUUUGAACUUUACGAUUUGUUCUUGUUUCCUCUUCGCAAUGCUUAUCUUUGUGUUGUUUCGUCGGCCGACUGUUGUUGCGACCACCGCCGACUCGACGUCCCUGGUAUUUUCGCUGUAAUUCGAUUCGUGAUUAUGGAUUUUUUUUUUCGUUUCGUUCACGUGUGAAGAGAUUGUUCAAUUUGGCCGUGCGUGUGUGUUUUCUCGUGCCGGCGUCUUUCAUCGCCUCCCUUCUCGUUGCAAAUCUCUUCAACAAGAUUAUCGAUUUUUAUACUUUUUGAUCUGGAUUUCGAAUUAAAUUUUGAACUUUUUCAGAUGAACGAUUGUCACUGAUUCGGCCGCAAGAAGUGUUGAAACUGCGUUAUCGGUUGUUCCAGCGACAUCAAAAAAAUGUCGGCCGCCGCCAGCGAACCCGAGGAAGCGGGUAACUUUUUUCGAACUUUUCUUCAAUAAAUCCUGUCAAAAAAACCUUCUAAAAGUGGACCAAAAAAUUUUUGACUCGACGAAACUUGAUGGAAAAACAUUUCAAACCACACAAAUACCAAUCAGAAAUGGCGGAAGUUUUGGAAAAUCCUCACCAAAUUUGUUUUUCGAGCCAUAAUACUGUUUUUUCCCUCUGAAAAUCGUUUUACACUAUUUUUUUAGUGACUGAAAAACUGAAAAAAAUUAAACUUAUAAUUUUUUAUUUGCGACAUAAUCGAUUUCUGAUUAAUGAAUCAAAUUAAUUAUGAAAAAAAUGAACUAAAAAAAUUUCUGACAAUCUACUUCUUUGAACCAAAAAAACUUUCGUUUUGAGAGUGAUUUACUAGUUUUCGACUCCUAAAUUGAGUUUAUUCAUUUUCGGUUUCAAACAAUACAAUUUGAGAACAAAAUUAGCGGAAUGAGGGUCUAUGAUAAAAAGGUUAAAGGUUACAUAUUAGUUUUUUUGAAACUAACAACGAAACAAGUACAGAUGGCGCGCGUAUUUUGCAACAAUUCUGUCUCCCAAGUUCCUGUCAGUCUUUCGGCAACAUUUUGUCCUUGUCUUUUUGACGUUUGAUCGCUGAUCGCUCAUUACAUUAUAAACACUGCUCAUUGUACGUUGGCGCGAUAAAUGCGGCUGUUUGGGUGGCUGCGGCAGCAACGAACCUUGUUUUCGAUGAGUUGCUCACAACUCAAAAAAAACUCCAUUACUUGUCCGAUCAAUGAAACAGAAAGUUUAUCUAGCUGACGUUCUUUUUAUUACUUCAAUCGGUUUGCAGCCAACUUCCUUGCGAAGAAUCCAAUGGCUGAGCUUCCUAUGGACGCGCAAACAGUCGAGGAGUUCAAGGAAACUUUGCAUCAGGUACAAUCGUCUCGAAUUUUUUUCUAAUUAAAGAACGGAAAAAAACGUUUACUACAAUAGUUUUUUUCAUUUUUGAAUAGAAAUUUUUUUCCUGGCUUCAGACAAUAGAAUAGAGAAUUUUUGCAUUUUUUAGAUGCAAAAUACUCGACGCAUUCUGACUGCGGAGUUGCUCAACGGUGUCGGAGUUGCUCCUAACGAAUCGCAAUCGAUAGAAGUCACCUUAUCGGUUGAAAUAACUUGCCUUAUUUUUUGAUCCAAUCAAUUUCAGCAAAUGAGCGAUACGCGAACACUGGGUGAAAUGCGAACAAUUGCUACGCGAGGAGCCAAAUUUUCAAUCAAUAUCCAAGAUGAACUGAGGGGAUUGAAGGUUUUUUUCCUUUAAAAAUUUACAAUAUUUUUCCAGAAAGAUGUUGAAUUUUUUUGAAAAAGAUUUACGAGUUGUCCAUCGGAGGACUCUCUGCCACAAAAAUUAGCAUCGAUUGAUCUUCCUUCGAUUCUCGCUCCUUUUCAUGCCCAUGGAGUAGAGGCUUUCCACGAAGAAGUUCAAAGUUGCGAAAGGUUCCCUAUUUUUCUCUUUCUCAAGCGGAAGCUUAACAAUAUUUUAGGUUUCUAUUGGAAUUCAUUCGUUCCACCGAGAUACAUGGUGUGAAGCCGCUUUUUGUUACGGAUUGGGACGGUACAAUGAAAGAUUAUUGUUCACAGUACGCCACAAACGUCCAGGUAAUUUUUUUCUUUUCUAAAAAAAACAUCAAAUAUUUAGCCUAUAUACAGCGCCGUUGUGAUGGGAUACUUCGCUUCGGCUUUCACCAGGGUAUCUGCCGUAUUAACAGCAGGACCUCUACGAGGACCUGGAAUCCUCGAUCUCACGGCUCUCCCCAUAAAUGGUCCAGUUUUCUUCAGGUAUCGACUUUUCAAUCUGGUCUUUUUUAUCGUUUACAAUAACUUUUUUCAGCGGUUCUUGGGGCAGAGAAUGGUGGCUUGGAGGCCGAAGAGUGGUACACGACGUCGGAAUACCCGAAGAAGGAAUGGUGGCGAUUGGGCAACUCUACGAGCAGGUUUUAGCUUUUUAUUACAUCAUUCAGUGGAAUUCCAGAUGGCCGAGCUGUUUGAAGAAGGAGAGUUUGUGCAGUUUGCCCUUGUUGGAAGUGGAGUUCAAAAGAAGGUUUUUCCUUCUGAGGAUGUUUCUCGGUUCAAAGAUUGGUUUUCAGGUGGAUCGCUUGACGUUGGGUGUUCAGACGGUCUUUGGUCACAUUCCGGUUGAUUUAUCCAAUCGGUACAUCGAAGCCGUCAAGGAACGAAUACACAGAGUUGACCCUAACAAUCAAGUGAGUUCAGUUUCUUUUAAAAAUUUGAAUUUUUUUUUCAUUUAGUUUUUGGUAUUGGAAAAUUGCUCGCCACUUGAAAUCGAAGUUUGUGUCCACUGUUCAGGUUUGUAAAUCUUUGAUUCUAAAAAGAAUUGAUUUUUUUCAGGGUCGAUUUGGAAUAAAGGAGACGGGGUUUUGUCUUUAUUUGAUUCUCUUGGAGAUUCUUUGGCAACUGGUCGCGUUUUAGUGGCUGGAGAUACUCACAGCGAUCUUCCCAUGCUGCAAAGAGCUGCAGAAAUGAACCCUGCUGUGAGUUGUUUUUUGAGCGUUUUCAGAUAAUUUUACUGAGUAUUGAUUAGUAUUUCAAAAAUCUGGAAAUAUAGACCAUUAACUUUGAAAAAAACUUCCUAAUAGUUUUUAGCUAUGACAGUACAUCCUGAUAAAACGUUUAGGAAAAAGAGCGGAAAUUCAAAAAUCUGAUCGAAGUUUUUGAAAAAGCUUUUUAAUUAAAGACUGAUGCACCUUCGAUUCUAAGAAAUUUCAAAACAUUAUCUUGUAUCAAUUUUAGUAUUCUACCUUCUCUACUGGGAGAUCACUUUUUUUCAAAUAAUUUUUUUAAAAAUCUCAUUGUGUAGAAGCGAACUAACGGAAUCUUUCUGCAAUUAAUUAAGACCAAUUGUGCAAUUUUUUGCUUUUACUCAGUCAAUCUCGAAAAGAUCAUAAUGCUGUUGGGAAAUUUUUUUGUAUGAAUUAUUAGAAAAAUGUUUCCAAAGAAAGAAUUAAUUUCCAAAUCAGAAAAAAAUCCUCAAAAAAACGAAGGGAAAAAGUACACUGUUAAUGCUGUCUUUGAGAAAAAUGAUUUCAUGAAUUGAGUUGGCUUCGAAUUUGCUCAUAACUUUGAUUUGCAGGGAACUAUGGGCUUGUUCGUUGGAGCAAAUGCUAAACUGCAAGAAUACGUGAGGAACACAGUGAACGACGAGAGCCGCGUUUGUUUCGUGUCUUCUCCAGACGUCAUCCACGCAGCCUAUGCCAGGAUCAUUGUCCAAGAAUUUGCCCGAUAAACCUUCCUCUCACUUUAUUGUGCCAGCUUCUAUUUUCUUCAAAAAUGAUACUAGCUUGGGCUUCUGGAAAAGAAAAUAACUUUAUUUGCUCCUUUUUCCGUCAAUAUUUAUUGUAGAUCCCCGUAGAUCAGUAUACUUUUUUCCAAGUUUCUUAUUUGUAAAAUAUCCGUAGAAUAGAUAUCUAUUAGUUAUCUAAGCCAAAUUUCUAUCUAGCUGAGUGUUACCCACUUGUGCUUAUUUGUAUAGUUUUUUUUUCGCUCCAUUCAAAGAACUUGUCAGAUUUUCUAUAUUUUUUUAAACGUGCAGGCAAAAAUUUAUAUAUCUGGGUAAUACAAUUCAUUUUUUUCAUUUAUCUAUUCGACAAUAUUUUUUUUGUGAGUUUUUUUAGCAUUGUCAAAUAAAAUUCUAUCUAGAUAAGAUAAUUUCUUCUAAUUUCUUUUGGAACUAUUUUCAGUAAUGAUUAAACAAAAAAAGAUUUUUCAUGCCUUUUUCGUGUUUAUUAUUAGAGCAGACCACCGCUUCAUCCGAUUUUUGAAGAUCAGGUAUGAUCUAAACGUUUUCUUAUUAUCUAGUUCAUUGUCACACCUCUUUCUGUUAAAUUCUUAUAGCCCCGUAUUCACAAAGUUUCUAUCAAUUUUUUUAUUUUUUUGGUUUUUUUAUUUGAUAUUGUUUAGUCGGGUUUUCAGAAUAUUAUGUAGUCGUGUUUAUUGUACCAAUGCUUUUUGUAGAAGUCAUGUAAUUAAGUAUUGAAUUUUUGUGACGUGUUGUGAAUUUGAAAACCAUCGUUGCAACGAAAAAAAUUAUUUUUUUCUUAAUCAUCAUUUUCUUUUUAAAAAAAUCACAAACUUUUUGAAGAAGUGAAAUGUUUAAAAAAAUGGUUUGUGGAGAGAAAUUUUCCGGGGCCGACAUGCUACACAGAAGCCAGUGAGGUUCUAUAACAACAACGCACGCUUUGAGAGAUUCGACUACAGUGAGAUUUUGUCUCCAGAAUGUUUCAAUCAAUUCAAAUCAGGAAAGUUCGCUGUGAUAACCGGAGCAGCGGCUUUGAGCUCUUUGAGUGUGUACAAGUGCUUCCGCAUUGCCAAAUUGGACUUUGCAAACGAAAAAAGAGAACCUGCAAAAGAGCUGCCUGAAUUUUCUCUCGAAGAAGUGGCGAAACACGGCAAAUCGGCAAAGCGAAUAUGGGUCACUUAUCAAGAAGUGCGUUUUGUACCUGAUAUAUAUAUUUUUUUAAUUCAAACUAUGGAGUUCACUAAGACUCUUAGGGCGUCUACGACGUGACCGACUUUAUUGCUCAACAUCCGGGCGGCAAUAAAAUCCUUCUGGCAGCGGGAGGAGCCGUUGAUCCAUUUUGGUCAAUUUACGCUCAACACAAAACACCUGAGGUGCAAUUUCGAUUAAGCGAAAAAAGUUCGUUUUGUUGAAGGUUCGCGAAAUCAUCGAACAAUAUCGCAUUGGAAACUUAGACAAGGCGUCUUUAGAAAAACGAGAGGUUUAUUUUCCUUUUCACACCGAACAUUAUUCUUAUUUGAUGCACUAACCGGUAUCUUGUAACCUUACUCAACCUUUGUUUUAGCCCGAACAAGACGCUUUUUCCGGAGACCCCAUUCGUCAUCCAGCUUUGUUGGUGCGUAACCCAAAACCGUUCAAUGCAGAAACACCGCCAUCGCUUCUCACCGAUCAUUUUGUCACUCCAAAUGAACUUUUCUUUGUGCGCAAUCACCUCCCUGUUCCGUCGGUUAUACGAGUCAUUCAAAAUUAAAACUGAUAAAAUAUUCCAGAUUGAUAUAACGGAGCACAAACUUAGCGUGGAGGGUCUCGACGGCAAAAAAAUAGAGUUAUCCGUCGAGGAUCUCAAAAAGAAGUACAAAAGUGUGUCGUUCAACUCAGUGAUACAAUGUGCAGGAAAUCGCAGAAAUGAAAUGAAUGAGUAAAAUUCAUUUUUCUGCAAAUAAUUGUGUUUUUUUUCCAGUUUCAAAAAAGUUCAAGGAUUGAUGUGGGAAGGAACGGCCAUCAGCAACGCGCGGUGGACCGGCGUGAAACUUCGAGUAUCUGAUAUUUCGACUUUUGUUUCUUCAAAUUUUCUGAUGUAAGGAUAUCCUGAUCGACGCUGGAAUUGAUGUUUACGAUGAACGAAUCAAGCAUGUCCAGUUUGAAGGCGCCGAUACAGACCCAGAAGGUCAGUUAUUUCCUCAUAACAGGCUCAAGAUUUACCGAGAAGUUUUGAAAAAUUUGCGACAAUAUUCCAGAACGGUUUUGGAGAAUUCAGAAAAAAAAGAAUCGCUUAUUUCAUUUUAUUUUCAAAUAGGUACCCCAUAUGGAGCCUCAAUUCCGAUCGAAAAAGCUAGAAGCAACGAGACGAUUGUUGCAUUCGAAAUGAAUGAUCAGCCAAUUCCGCCAGAUCAUGGCUCUCCGCUACGGCUCAUAGCACCUGGUUUAUUUUUCAAUCAUGAAAAAGUCAUGAGGAAUCAUAUUUAGGAAACGUCGGUGCUCGACAAGUGAAGUGGCUCAAGAGAGUUGUGGUGAGCGAAGAGGAAAGCCAUAGCCACUGGCAACGAAAAGAUUACAGGUUUCUUUCAGAAUCAAAUCUUAUCUUUUUAAUUUUGAGAGCUUUUUCUCCCUCCGUGCAGCUCGGAGAAGAACUCGACUGGGAUUCGGUUCCAUCGAUUCAAGAAUACCCGAUUCAGUGCUUAGUUUGCGUUCCCGCCGCAAACACUAACAUUGAAAAACGUUUUUUUUUUCACAAUACGUGAAGGUAACCUUUUUUUUCAGACGACGAAACUAUAGAAGUUGCCGGCUAUGCCUGGAGCGGUGGCGGUCGUGGAGUUAUCCGUGUAGAGGUUUUUUUUGCAUUUUUUCACGAGAUUUUUUUCAUUUCUAGAUAAGCUUGGAUGGGGGCAAAACGUGGCAGAGCGCUGAUUUAGAACAAGACAAAGAGCAAGAUAUAGUUAAUUUUUGUUUCAAUCUCCAAGUUUGAAUGAUUGAUUGAGGAGCACAUGUGGGCUUGGACGAUUUUCCGCGCAACAGUAAAAAUUCCAGAAGGAGCCGAUGAACUUCAAAUCAUUGCAAAGGCCACGGACAGGUACAAUUUAAAAAAAUUAAAAAUCCGCAAAUAAAAGCAAAUUGAUAGAUCUUAUAACACUCAACCGGAGACUGCAGCUGGGAUUUGGAACGUCCGCGGACUUCUUCACAACGCGUGGCACCGGGUUCCCAUCAAAGUUGUGUGA